AUGGCUAAUGACAGGCCAGGGAUCCUGGGUAGAAGAAAAUGUUCUUGGAAACCAUGGAUGGUUGCUCUUACUACCACGGCUGUUUCAUUGGCUUUAGCAAUAAUGAUUGGGCUCCUUGUUUACUUUUUGGUGUAUGAUGAGAAGACUUAUUACUACCAGGCCUCCUUCCAGAUUCCCAGCAUUAAAUAUAGCUCAGAUUUGUCUAUAGAACAGUCAAGACUUCGGAUAGACCUGAAACAAAAACUCAGCAAUGAGAUAGAUAUGAUUUUUCACAGAUCCAGUUUAAAGCAUCAUUAUAUCAAAUCUCAGGUUGUCAACUUCAGGCCAAGUAAUGAUGGUUUGAAAGCAGACAUACUGAUUAAAUUUCAGUUUCCCCAUAACAAUGUGGGCACUUUGAAAAGACAAGCUGAUAGCAUUUUGCACAAGAAGUUGCAAUCCACCCAGAGCUUCAUGAAGAGAGACAUUUCAUUACCUAAUCUUAGAGAAAUGAAUGCAGCACUAGCAGAGAAUAUUCUAAACAGUGAUUGUGGCUUGGGGAUGGAGUACCCACCCACAGCAAGGAUUGCUAAUGGAAAGCCUGCAGACAAAGCUUCCUGGCCAUGGCAAAGCAGCCUACAGGUGGAUGGUAUCCACCUCUGUGGUGCAUCCCUGAUUGGCUCCCAGUGGCUCCUGACUUCUGCUCACUGCUUUGAUAUAUACAAAAACCCCAAACUGUGGACAGUCAGUUUUGGGACAACCCUAAGCCAUCCACUGACGACAAGAAAGAUAGCAUCCAUUAUUAUUCAUGAGAACUACGCAGCUCACAAGCAUGACGAUGAUAUUGCUGUGGUCAAGCUCUCCAGCCCCGUCCUGUUUUCUGAAAACCUGCGCAGAGUCUGUCUCCCCGAUGCUACCUUUCAAGUCUUGCCAAAGAGUAAAGUGUUUGUCACUGGAUGGGGAGCUUUGAAAGCAAAUGGUCCCUUUCCCAAUUCUCUCCAAGAGGUUGAAAUAGAGAUCAUAAGUAAUGAUGUAUGUAACCAAGUGAAUGUGUAUGGUGGAGCUAUAUCAUCAGGAAUGAUAUGUGCUGGAUUCUUGACAGGAAAACUGGACGCCUGUGAGGGUGAUUCUGGAGGGCCCCUGGUCAUUCCUCACGACGGAAAUAUCUGGUAUCUUCUUGGCAUUGUUAGUUGGGGAAUCGACUGUGGAAAAGAAAACAAGCCCGGAAUUUACACGAGAGUGACUCAUUAUCGGAACUGGAUUAAAUCUAAAACUAACAUCUAA